GGCGGCGAAUCCCAUAUUGGAACUUGUCAGGAAAAGCCAUGGCCUCAGCCACCAAGAAGGUGAAGGAGGAAGCCACGUGUGCCAUCUGCCUGUCCCUAAUGUCUGAGCCCAUGAGCAUCAGCUGUGGACACAGCUACUGCAGUCAGUGCAUCGUCAGCUUCCUUGAGAACCAAGGCCCUGUGGACACAUCGUCCAAUACGUUCCCUUGCCCCCACUGCCGGGCUCCAUUUCGGCUGGCCAGCCUCCGGCCCAACAAGCAGCUGGGGAGUCUCAUUGAAGCCAUCAAGGAGAUGGAGCAUGAGAUGUCAUGUGAGGAGCACGGAGAGCACCUCCACCUGUUCUGCGAAGACGAGAGCCAGCUCAUCUGCUGGCGCUGUGAGCGGUCACCGCGGCACAAAGGGCACCACACAGCCCUCAUCGAGGACGUAUGCCAGGACUACAAGGAGAAGCUUCAGAAUGCUGUGACAAAUUUGAGGCAACUAGAAGAGGAGUGCAUGAAACUGAAGUUGUUCACAACAAAGCAGAUAAGCGAAUGGAAUGAGAAGAUAGAGAUUGAGAAACAAAAAAUCCAGUCUGACUUUAAAAAUCUUCAGAGCUUCCUACAAGAAGAGGAGAAGUCUCAUCUCUGGAAGCUGGAGAAAGAGAAAGAGCAGACUCUGAAGAGACUGAGAGAUAACGAGGCCACUCUGGAACAGAAAAGCCAAGAACUCAGGAGUCACAUCCUGGAACUAGAGGAGAAAUGUCAGAGCUCAGCCCAGAAGUUGCUGCAGGAUGUGAAAGACACUUUGCGCAGGAGUUGGGCUAUGACGUUGGAGAGACCAGACGCCCACUCUCUGGAGCUUCAUGCCGUGUGCAGUGUUUCUGAGCUUUAUUUUGAUGUGAGGAAAAUGUUAAGGAGCUAUCAAGUCAAUGUGACUCUGGAUCCAGAUACAGCUCAUCGGGAGCUCAUUCUGUCUGAGGAUCGGAGACAAGUGACCCGUGGAUGCCCCCAGGAGAAUCUGGACAAUUCUUCUAAGAGAUUUAGUAUCUUACCCUGUAUUUUGGGCUGUGAAGGCUUCACUUCAGGAAAACAUUACUUCGAAGUGGAUGUGGGAGAAGGAACUGGGUGGGACUUAGGAGUCUGUCUGGACAGUGUUCACAGGGACGUUGGUUUGAUGCAGAAGCCUCAGUCUGGAUUCUGGGCCAUUAGACUGUGCAAAAAGAAAGGCUACUUAGCACUUACCUAUCCCAUAACUUCCCUUUCUCUGGCAGAGCAGCCUCUGGUUGUGGGGAUUUUUCUGGACUGUGAUGUCGGACUUGUAUCCUUUUACAACAUGACCACUGGAUCCCACAUCUUUACCUUCCCAAAGGCCUCCUUCUCUGAUACUGUCCGGCCCUAUUUCCGGGUUUAUCAACAUUCUCCUUUGUUCCUGCCUCCCCCAGACGAGUAAGGAAAGAAUUACAAUCUCCUUCUUGGUUUAACUAGCAUAGAAAAUAUAAUGUCAAUCCUGUGGGGGCAGAAAUCUGGUCUGUUUUCUUCACUUCUUGUACUCAGAACAGUGCUGGGCUUUUAGUGGCUA